CAAAUCACUUUUCAAAGUAGACUCUUCAACGAGAAUGAGCACAGCUAGAAGAACUGAUGAUACAGCAGCUAUUGCUGAAAUAUCUGCGAGCGGGCAGGAUAAGGAGUGGCUAUUCUACAUCAGCCUAGACUUGAGCUUGCUACAGACGGAACUAGAGUCCAGUUUGGCACAAGAUACCACAGUACCGCUUGCAUGAUGGCCGUCAUUGAAUGAGUCCAAGAUCACGAGCAGUGAGCGGCUAGCUGGAGCUGCAGUCAGUCACUGCGUUUGACAACUGUACGCCGGGGUACUGUAAGAAGCGAGGUUGACUUGGGGAAAUGUUAGCAAGAGCGUGCCUGCCCCAUUGGCGUGUUGCAAGCACGAGAUCGCUGUUGUCUCACCCGCCAGGCAUAGGAGCGACGACGGCACUGGUGAGCACACGGACGUACGUUCUAUCCGCCACGCACUGCGGCGGCCGCACUGCCAGCGCCGCACCGCCAUUGCACUCAUGUCGGCGACACCUUAAAGCGGCCGGGUCGGCGGCAACACCAGUUUGGACCCAACGCCGCAGCGUGGUGGUGGACGUGCAGCAGGCCAAGCAGAUGGACGCCGAGAUCCUGGCCGGCGUCCAGGAGGAGAUGGGGCAGAACCUGACCGACUAUAUACUGACAUCGUCACCGCCGGCCUACUGCUCGUCGUACAUGACAUGGCUAGCGGAUCUGACCGGUCACUGGCCUACUGCCCUAGCUCUCUGCGCGCUGAGCGUUCAGCCGAUUGUUAUUCCCUUGUUGCUGCACCUGCGCAUGCGUAGUAUUUCCGUCGAGCGUGCCCUGCUCCGCUACACGACACUGCUGGACGAGUACCAGGACCGGCUGAAAGGGCAGAGCUUGUACGGCGAGGCGUGGCGCGUCUACAGGGCCAAACGGGACAUGCUGAAGGAAAGUGGAUUCCGCCUGCCGCAUAAACUGUCGCUGGGCAUGUUCGAAGUGCCUCUUGCCGCCUGCAUGGGGGCCGGGGCGGCCAUUGCCGCUCAUCUCCAUGGCAACAUGGGCGGCUGGCUGUGGGUUUCUGACCUUGGUGCGGCGGACACGACACUGCUUAGUCCGACUCUGUUUUUCGCGCUGUACGUUAUGCGCAUAUGGGCGGCUUCGCCGAAAGCAGCCAAGGACAUGAACCCGGGCCAGAUUGUGUUUCAAUUCUCGGUGUCCAUACUCGUGACCCUGAUUCUACGGGACGUGGCGGCAAUUGUUUUCUGGCUGGGCAUAUUUCACAACAUGUGCGUUCUGCCCGUCGUCUUCUACCUACGCAGCAACACCGUUUACCGCGAACGUUACGUGCCACUCAUGAGCAAAUCCGUACAGGCUAUGGUGGAACGUGAUGCUCUCGGGAAAUCGCUUGCGCUGCCGCACGCGACCAAAGUCGUCGAUCGGUUUGCGCCGGGGCUGGACGAGCGGCCACUGCUUCUGCCUGACUUCGACCCGGACAAGGUACCCGCGCCACAGGCUAAGCCUGCACUGGCUAGUGGAGAUACUGGAGCAUCGCUGACAGAGGUGACCGGCAUCACGGCGGAGGAAAAGCGAUCCGCAGUCGAAGAGGCUCGGCAAUCAGCUAAGCCGAAGGUGCGGCGGCGUUAGCGCAGUAUGCGGAAGUAUACUGCGUAACUGCAUGUCAAUUGUGCUGUGAUCUACACCACAUCGUAGCACGUGUAGUUGCUAUUAGUUCUUUACUUGAUGUUAUGAAUUUAUCGAGGCUAUGCUGUGCACGCAGUAUGUGUGGAAACUGGAAAGACUUUGAAGAUGCUGCAAGCUCCGGCACAAGUGUGGUGCCGGCGUGGGCACCUCGUAUUCUCUGAGCUGUGCGUUCUGCUGCUAUGCUGCAGUAUCAUAUUUUCCACGCAAGCACAGCAUGCCUCCUUCAUGACGGUACAGGUGCUGUAGGGUAAGAGACCGGCCACACAAGCUGUGCGUCGCGACUCGCAAGACAGGUGCUCUGUACUCGUAUUAUAUCCGCGGCAAGACCUCUUAUAACAAUUGCCUACUGUGUACAUACCAAGUGUUUUGACGUAUUACCUUGCAAACCUGCGGUGAACUGUACACCGUCUUGUCAUAAUGCUAUCAUGGUUGCUAAAAACUAUUAUUUUCAAAGUCCGUAGCACUCCAUGUCUAACUCAGAACAUCGUUGUUCUCCAACUCCCUGGUUUUACUCUGCACGCGGCGAUAUUCAGCGUGUUGCUA